AUGAAGCUCCUUCUACCUGCUAUUCUGGCGCUCGUCAGCAGCGCGUCAGCGGCCCUCAACGUCACAGGCUCGACAUGUACCGUGACGCCAUUGACGGAAGGCGUCAACGGACAGGAACCGGACGAUACGCCGCAGAUCCUGGAUGCCUUCAAACAGUGUGGGGUGAACGGCAAGGUCAUCCUCACCGAAGGAAUGUUCCACAUCGGGCAAGUGAUGGAUCUUCAAAAUCUCCAGAACGUAGACGUAGAGAUCCAUGGAACUCUACGAUGGUCCUCUGAUAUCCAGUACUGGCUGCGCAGCAGCAUCGGCGUCGAGUACGCGCAGCGGUCGACUGCCUGGCGCAUCGGUGGCCAGGGCAUAAGCCUCCGCGGUUUCGGCAAAGCUCUCUUCGAUGGCCAAGGCCAGCUGUGGUAUGAUGAGAACAGAAGCGGGAGUAAUCAGAUGGGACGACCGAUUAGCUUAACCCUCUGGCACGCGAAGGAUGUUUUGAUUGACGGAAUUACAUGGAGACAGAGCCAGUUCUGGCAUACCUUCGUCGCCUACAGCGAGAAUAUCACCAUGACGAACCUUGACAUGAACUCGACAAGUAAUAGCCAGUGGAGUACCGUGAACACUGAUGGUACCGACACCUGGAACUCGAAGGACGUAUUCAUAAAAAAUUGGACGGUGACAUGUGGUGAUGACUGCAUAGCCGUCAAAGGCAACAGCACCAACAUCCAAGUCUACGACGUGCACUGCUACGAGUCGGGCUGCGCCACGAUCGGGUCUCUGGGCAACCCGAGCAACGUGGCGGACUACGUCGACAACGUCAUCUUCGACAACAUAACCUGCACGCACAGCUCGAACGCGGCGUGGAUCAAGACCUACGCCGGCACCGGCCACGUCAAGAACGUCACCUUCUCCAACAUCCGGUCCGAGGACGUCAACCAGCCCAUCUACGUCACCUCCUGCAUCUACUCCAACACCGGCUGCGACUCGAGCCGCCUCCCCAUCUCCGACGUCCGCUGGAUCAACGUCACCGGCACUUCGCGCUACAACAUCGCCGCCGCCAUGCACUGCAGCGCCUCGAGCCCGUGUUCCGGCUUCACUUUCGAGAAUGUCGAUAUCACCCCGCUGGACGGCACGAGCACACCCAAGUACCUCUGCAGCAACAUCCAAGGCCAGGAAAGCUCCGGAAUUCCCUGCACGGGAACCUGUCCGGCGGGCUGGCCGCAGCAGCUGAGCGGAAAUCGUUAA